AUGGGCAGCCAAGCGAGCACACCAGCGGGCGCGGCGCCAAGCCUUCGGCGCGCGGCUAGUCUCAAGAAGAUGAUCAUGUUCAUGAAGGACCCUCGCACGGCGAUGAUGGACUGCCGCGACCACUACGGCGAUGUCUUCCUCAUGGAGAGCAGCUUGGUGAACGAAAAGAUCAUGGGCUUCUGCGGUCCCGAAGCGCUGCUCGCCUACGACACGCAAGUCAAAGAAGGCAAAAUCGUACGCGCUAGCGCUUUCCCAACCGGUAUCCUCGAACUCCUCGGCGCCGUGGUCUCCACGCUUGAUGAUGAUGCCCAUGCCAAGCGGAAAGCCGCGCUCCUUGUCGCCUUUACACCCGAGAAGCUGGACGCAUACAAGCCCAAGAUCCGGGAGAUCAUCCAGCACGACCAUGCAGCAUGGGCAGCCCGCGGCGGAUCCCUGUCGCUCGCCCUCAGCUGCAAGAAAAUGGUCUUUCACGUCUUCAUGGCAACACUUCUUGGCCUCGAAAAUGUCGACGACGAGUACCGGGAGCUCGUCGAGGCGUUUGUCUCGUCCAUUCGCAAGUCGGCACGGAAGCCGGAUACCACCGGCAUGGAUGCGCGCACCCAAGUCGUAGAAGAACUCAUUCGACCAGCAGUCCGCGAAGCCAAGGCCCGCGUUGCUGCUCAGAAGCCGCUGCCGACUGUUGUCGAGGUCCUUGUCGCCGACGGCCGCUUAUCGGACGAGGAACUCAACCUCGAGCUCUUCCACGCGCUUUUUGCAGGUCUCGGUGGGGUAACGUGUCUGGUCAUUAACGCCGUCACUGCCUGCAUUGAGCUGCCAGCCAUCCGCGAGAAGGUCAGCGCCGCCCGCGAAGCGUUCCUGGCCAAGUACCCGAAUGAAGACGACCGGUGGAGUCACUUUGCAGACCUUGGAUACAUGCAUCACUUCAUUCUCGAAGUCAAGCGGUUUUAUGUGGCCGGUCCGACGCAACUCUACGGACGCGCAACGGACGAUCUCGAGAUUUCCACAGCCAACGGCUCGUUCAAGGUGCCCAAGGGCUGCUUGGCGACCGCGGGCCUCGAGGUCACGAGCAAGCACCCGGACGUGUGGAGUGACCCGCACACAUUUAACCCCGAUCGGUUUGCGCCGCAGGACGCCAGCACCACGCCGGUCGACCCCGAUGCGUUCAAGGAUGGGGCGCGCGACGUGACGGCGCCGGACAUGAUGUACAAGUUUUGUCCGCACUCGAUCGGCAUUGCCCGCCGCUGCGCGGGCGAGGGGCUCACGACGCUCGUGCUUCAGUGCUUUGUUGUAUCGCUCUUCGACUUCAUCUGGCAGAUGGUGCCUGGCCAAAACUACCAACUCGAAGAAAAAUCGUCAACGCCAACCCCCAUCGGACAGCUCAUGGCCGUCGGGUUUCACCGACGGACACUUGACGAUGUUGUAACUUUUGGUACGGCGGGCUCGGACGAAGACUGGCACUUUUUGAGCCUUCCACAAGCGAAAGAGCUCGUUGGAAGUGGCACCGCCGACCUCUAUGACGAUGCGCGCAUGGAUCUGUGGACGCGCCUCAUGAUCAAGUUGAUUGGGAAGAAGCAGGCGACGUGGGACCGACCAUUCGUCGAGAGCUGCCUCACGAUCCCCAAGCACCAAAAAGUGUUGCCCAAGCUCACGCUGAUCCAAACCAGCAUCGAGAUUCCCACGGAGGACGAAGACUGGCCCAAACAACCGUGGCUUGAGAUCAAGCAGUCCAACUUUCUACGCGACCACGCGCCAUUUAUCGAUGACUUCAAGCAUACGUGGCUGCCCGGCGAGGACAUGGAGCGCUACGUCAUGAGCAAGCUCGGCCACAUGUGGCCCCGCGUCAACGUCCACUGGAACGACCGGUACUCGGACCGCGCGCUCGAGCUCUUGGCUUUCAACGGUCUCGGCCAGCACCUCCUCAUGAAGCUCCCGGAAGCUCACGACGACGGCUCGUACUACGGCAUUUGCCUCGACUUUAUGAACGUACUCGAGGUCCGUCCUGGGUACGCCAAGUAUGGCGCAGACGCGUAUUUUACCGCCAAGGGCAAGGUCACCAAGAUCAUCCGCGGUGGCGUUACGAGUCGCCCCGGGGAAGACGGCUGGGAGUACGCCAAACUGUGCUUCCGUGGCAGUCUCCAGACCAAGGUCACGGCGGUGGACCAUCUCUUGGGGAUCCACGCGACGGUCGCCAACUACAUGGUCACUUCUAUUCGCGAGCAAUUGCCGCCGGCGCACCCGGUUCGUCGUUUGCUCAAACCCUUCACGUUCCGCUCCGUCGCCAUUAACUUUGGCGCGGGCCGAUCGCUCUUUUGGCCCAAGGGCAUGCUUCAGCGUGCCUAUGCACUGACGGACAAGGGCAUGAAGCAGACGUGGGAGUAUGGCCUCGCCAACUUCAAGUACGAGACGUUUCCGGAGCGCAAGGCACGUCAGAGCAUUGACACGGUGACGCUGCCGUUCCACGAGGACGGAAUCGAGUACUGGCAGAUUUGUCGCACCUUUGCCAACGACUAUGUCGACCUCUACUACAAGAGCGAGGACGCCACCUCGGCGGACGCCGACCUCAAGCGCUUCUGGACGUUCCUCGAUGAGAAGCUGCCGUUCACGAUGCGCCCUCUCAACCUCGAAAACCUCAAGGACUUCCUUGCCCAUGGUAUUUUUCUCGUCUCGUCGAUGCACAACCACCUCGGCACGAUCGCCGAGUACGUGUCGGACCCGGCCUUCUGCCCCUCGGCGUGGGUUGAAGGCGAGCUUGCGGGGCGUCCCGGCACUGGAGUCCGUCUCGCUCUCAUCAUGACAGCGACUGGGUUCACUCAACCAGACAUUACGGAAGACUUUUCGCACCUUAUGCUCGACGACGCAGCCAAGGCUGUCUGCAAAGCGUUCACGGCCGCUGUCAUCGCUCAGAUCGCGGUUGUCGACGCCCGCAACGCCACGCGCGUGCAGCCGUUCCAGUCGUUCAACCCCAAGACGAUGGAGAUGGCCGUGAGCAUCUAGCUGUACCAUGACGGUUGCUUAUCAUGAAGCGUGCAUACUUUCUACAUAUAAAGCCCUUGUAUGUCGCAACACAUCGUUGACCCAA